UUCUCCAUCUCUCUCCGCCGUUGGAUCCUCUCCCCCAUUUGCACCCGAUAUUUUUUCAGAUAUUUUCUCUUCCCUUUCUUUUGUUUGCUGAAGAACCAAAACCCUUCUCCUUCUCCUUCGCUUUCUUCUUGUUGUGACUGACAUGGGCGAGGCCGUGAUUGUCAGCUCUGCAGAGAGUAUGGGCACCCAUAAACCCCUCACAGAUGCCACCUCAACUGGAGUGUUUAACUGGGACCCAUUUCUGCCCAACAUCAUGCUCAGGGUCUUGCUCGUCGAAGCCGACGAUUCCACUCGGCACAUUAUCACCGCCCUUCUCCGCAAGUGCUGCUACCGAGUGGCUGCUGUUCCUGAUGGCUUAAAAGCUUGGGAGGUUCUCAAAGAAAGGCCUCGUAGUGUAGAUCUUAUUUUGGCGGAAAUUGAAUUGCCAUCCAUCUCUGGCUUUUCUCUGCUCACUUUGAUCAUGGAGCACGAGAUUUGCAAGAACAUUCCUGUUAUAAUGAUGUCAUCUCAAGAUUCUAUCAGCACUGUUUAUACAUCCAUGAUGAAAGGUGCAGCAGAUUAUCUUGUGAAGCCCUUGAGGAGAAAUGAGCUGAGGAAUCUGUGGCAACAUGUUUGGAGAAGACAAGCAUCAUCCAUUCAAGAAAAGGUUGAACUCACUUCAGAAAAUGAGACUGCAAGCAAUCACUCAACUGGGUAUAACAAAAACAUUGAGAAAGGGACUGAUACUCAGAGCUCUUGUACGAAGGUAGACUUCGAGGCUAGAAGUAAGAUGCAGGAAAAUUCAGAGUCUAGGCAGGGAAAAGCAUCUCCCAAGAAUUUAAAGCUACAGAAAGAUGAACAUCACAUAAAUUUGAGUCAAAGAUUGGUUAUGCACGAAAAUGAAGCUGGAGGAGGAUUGGCACCAAUUACACUAAGCAUGGGUAUUGAGCCAAUCAAUGAUGGGAGAAGUCCUAAUAUUGGCAGUGAAGCAGGUGAGAAUAAGGAUUUGCUUGGCAACCCAUCCAGAGAUGCCACUGCCUUGAAUCAUCAUAACUACCAACAAAGUUCUCCUUCCAACAAUUUCGGCUCUGCUCUUCAUUUGGAUCUUUCCCUGAGAAGAUGUCAACCUAAUGAUUUUGAGGAACGUGUUGCAGAAGGACGGGCUACCCUCAAACAUUCUAGUGCUUCAGCUUUUACGAGAUACACUUUCAGGCCAUUGCAGCAAACAUUAGAAGCAAAAUCAAGCAGUAUCUAUGACGAACAAAAGGAAUCUGGAAGCAAUCCCGAGCAUAUUGGAAGUAUUGCUGCUACUUCUACUUCUGAUACAAUUAAUCCCACGCCAAGAUCAAGUACUUCACACACCGUAAUCCCUCUUCAAGUUUCAGUCAAAAACUCGGGCUAUAGCUCUUUACCUUCCCCCAAGUUCUGCACACAAGGGGGUACCCCAUCGUUUCCAUGCCCAACUUCAGUCACUCAUCCAGAACUUGGAAAACAAACGGUUUAUCCCUUAAACCUUGAGAUUCAUAAUUUGGAGCAAUUUCUGAACCAGUAUCACAACGUAAGCAGUACAACAAGCAGAAAGAUAGAAAACUCAGGGCAGUCUACAGAAAAUCAAGGCCAUAUAUCGCCUACCACCGAUCACAGUGCAAACGGUAGCCUAUAUGGUGGUAGUACUGCUCAUGUUAGAAGCAUGGGAUAUCCUAGCAGCUGUGGAAACAACAGCAAUGUCGAUUGCAUCGGCAUUGCAACAGUUACAUCCGAGAGCAGAAAUGAAGAAGCUUUGUUUUCUCAAGGAGGAGGAGAUUCUCACCGAUUCGGUCAAAGAGAAGCAGCUCUAUCGAAGUUCCGACUCAAACGAAAAAAUAGAUGUUACGAGAAAAAGGUGCGUUAUGAGAGCAGGAAAAAGCUGGCUGAGCAGCGUCCUAGAGUGAAGGGACAAUUUGUUCGUAGAGUAUACACUGAUGCAGAACCCAACACCAAUAAUACAUACAACGCUUAGCAGUU